AUGCCGCUCGACGGCGCCGCACGCGCCGCGCUGAUCGCGCUCAUCGAGAACAGCGCCAAGCAGGCUGUCUUGGAGGGCAGCGGCAUGCCAAAGCCACCGUCCCUCGCGUCCGCCGCCGAGACGCAGUACGUGCCUCCAACCGAGGCGCUGCUGCAGGGCGCGCGGGUGAACAACCCGGUGCGCACGGUGCUCGAGCUGCGACCGCGCGCGGCCGUGACGCUCGAGGGCAGCGUCUCCGUCGCCGAUGCUGCGAAGCGGAUGGCGGCCGCCAACGCCGACGCGGCGCUUGUGCUCGGCGACGAGGACCGUGUGGCGGGCAUCUUCACGGACCGCGAUUUGGCGUCGCGCGUGCUCGGCGCGGGCCUGGACCCUCGCCGGACCAAGAUCUCGGCCAUCAUGACCGAGAACCCGCGCUGCGUGAUGGACGACGAGCCCGCGCUCACGGCGGUGAUGCUGAUGGUCGACGGCCGCUUCCGCCACCUGCCGGUCGUCGACUCGACCGAGUCUGUGGUGGGUCUGCUCGACGUGGCAAAGUGCCUGCAUGACGCGAUCUCGCACUUAGAGCUGCGCAACCUCGCGGGCGGGCAGCGCACCGCGGGCGAGCUCCUCCGCGCCACGGCGCCGCCCGACUCGACGGUGCUCGCAGACGCCACCGUAGUCGCCGCCGCCAAGCAGGCCGCGUCGCGCAAGGGCGGGGCCGCGCUGGUUGUGCGCUCCGAGGGGGGCGGCGCGCCGCGGGUGGGUGGGAUCGUCACCCCGAAGGACUUCCUCAACCGCGUCGUCGCCGUCGGGCUCGCCGCGGCCCGCACCCGCGUCGGCGACAUCAUGACUCCGUCGCCCGCGUGCAUCAAGGAGAGCGCGACGCUGCUUCACGCCCUCCACCUGCUGCAGGGGUCCGGCUUCCGGAACCUGCCCGUCGUCUCGGAGGCUGGCGAGCCGCUCGGCGUCCUCGACGUCCUCGCCGUCGUCGAGGGCGCGCUCGAGGCCGCCAGCUCGACCGACGCCCCACCGACGCCAGCGAGGCGGCCGCUGGCGCACUCCGCCGUCGGCGACUACGCGCCCGCCUCGGAGGC